AUGUGCCCGGCGUCCGUGCGUUCAACCCGGCAUUCACCCUGUCCUCGGCAGCCCUUGUGUGUGCCGGUGUACGUCAACUGCAUGGCACUCACCGACCCCGCCAGCCUCUUCCCCCAGGUGACGCCCCGCUCUUUCUCCACCCCGCAUUCGCCCCCCGUUUGUAGUCUGCUGCUCCUCUCACGCGCUCAUAUACGCACUACUCCUGGUCUCUCUUUGUCAACCCCUCUUUCCGUUCAAAGCUCGCGAAUUUUGUCGCCUUGUGCCUUCUUGAGCUCCCCACUUUCCCCAUUUCUUCACUUCCCCUUCCCCUUCUCUCGUCUUGUGUCUUCCUCAUUCCUCUUGUUGAGCCUCCUUCUAUCCCUCCCCCUUCCCCCGUCCCACCGCUCCCCUCACUCCCCGCGCGCGCCUCAGAUGGAGCGCGCCAUAGAAGCAGCACAGGCUGCGCACCACACCUCCCCCUCUAACCACGGCGGGCGGAAGGGCGGGCGGCAGCGAGGGGGCACAGGACGAGCGCGGCCGAGCGGGGAUGGCGAAGGGGCGAGAGAGGCCGUGUUGUCGCUGCUGCAGCAGGAGGUGCAGGAGGAGGAGGCGGAGCAAGCGGAGAGGAUUGAGUCGCGGGUGGUUGCGAGGGAUGCAAGUGAGGAGGCAGAGUCUUCAGGGGAGGACGAUGACGUGGUUGAAGUGGUGACAGGGGACGCACGACAGGCAGGGGCCGAAGGUCAUGCAGGGGACGCACGGCAGGCAGCGGACGCAUGGCAAGCAGGAGCUACAGGACAGGCAUGCGCUGCAGGGGCGCUCGCUGCAGGGAAGGGACGAGUGACGCGGGGGACAGGAGGUGGCAGAAGCGGGGAGAAGGGUGGCGCAGGAGCAAGGAGAGUGCUGCGGCUGAGGGAGGGAGAGGGGGGGAAGGGGCAGGUGGGCGGGAGAGCCAAUGCUGGUGGUGACAAGAGUGGGAGGAAACCUAUGAUACUGGUGGUGGCGGACGAGGUGGAUCAGCUGGUGAGGGGCAGAGACACCUCCGUACUCACCGACCUCUUCCUCCUGCCCUCCCUCCACGCCCACUCGCGCUGCAUCCUCAUUGGUCAGCAUAUCCAACUCCAUUCAUCUCAUCGACUCUCUGCUGCCACACCUCUCCCGCCCCAACUCAAUGUGCGCUUCCUAUCCCCCAUACCCGUCCUUUCACUCCCUCCCUUCCCUCUCUGCCCUCCUUUCCCUCCCUCCCUCCCUUCCCUCUCUGCCCUCCUUUCCCUCCCACCCUCCCUACCCUUCCUCCCUUCCCUUCUACCCUACCCUCCCUCAUACCUUCUUUUCGCUCCCUUUUCCAGCCUUCACUCUGCUGUGACCGUUCUGCUAAUGUUCGUUGUCCCUCCAACUCACUCUUCUCCCCUCACCCACCCCACAAUUCUCACUUCGCGUCUCACCGCCUCUCUUCUCCCUCCUGCCUCCUCUCAGGGGAGUGACAGCACGCCCAACACUCCUGCCGUUCCCAGCAUACGAUCGCAAUCAAAUCUACGAGAUUCUCUCCCAAAGGCUCCAGGUAUGCACCAGUUGCCAUGGCUACCUGUUCGCCAUACUGCCAUGCUCACCUGCUCGCCAGACCACACAUAUCCCCCAGUUCUCUCAUCGUCAUCCUGCCUCUGUGUGCCUCUCUCACCCUUUGCUUCCCCGCCCCUCUCUCCAUGCUUCGCUCACCUCCCUGCUGCCGCGCCCCUCUGUGUGUGUUCCACCCGGGCAGGCUGCUGGAGGGAUGCCAGUCGGUGCAGCAGCGCGUGGGGCAGCGGUGGCGGGAGGGGCACGGGAGAGCGCAUGCACGACGUUGUCUUAGGGGCAGCAGCGCGUGGGGCAGCAGAAGUGGAGGGAGGGGCAUGGGAGAGCGUGUGCACGUCCUUCUCCUUUGACCCCAUGGCGCUGCACUCGGGUGUGUUGCUCUCUCCCACUCGCUCUUACACGAGCCAAAAAGUGGCAGCGGCGUCAGGGGACAUGCGCAAGGCGCUUGACAUCACCAGAAUGGCAGUGGAUGUGCUCGAGGCAGAGAUCCAGGCGCAGCUGAGGGAGGCACACAUGGGGGAGGUGGAUGUGAGGGAGGCAGAUACUAGGGAAGCCCUGCCUGGUGCAGGCUCACCUGCUGACAGCACUGUUGGGGCGACAGGGGACGGCAGGAGUGGCAAGCGGGCGGCAGAGGGGGAGGCAGUGGGGCAGGCGACGGGCAAGAGGCAGCGAGGGGGGGCCGUGGCGGAGGCGGUGUCCCUGCAGGUGCAGGUGCAUCACAUGGCACAGGCCCUCUCCCGCUCCUUCGCCUCCUCCACUGUCGAUUGCAUUCGCUCGCUGCCGCUGCACCAGCAGAUGGUGUUGGUGGCGUGUGUGCAGCAGCACCAGCAGCACAGGGCACGGCACCGCUUCAUCACCCGAGCCAAGCCUCCCUCCACCACCAACGACUUCCUCCUCUCGCAGCUGUACAGCAUGUAUGCAGGCUUGGCACGCUCGCUGCACGUGCCGGCCGUCACACUCAACGAGGUCACUGACAUGUGUGCCAUACUGCACGGCCAGGCUCUGUUGCAAGUAGUGGGUGGGGGAAGGAACGCUGCACGGUCCCAAGCUAAAUGCAAAGUAAUGCUCAAAGCCAGUGCCGCCGACGUCAUCUUUGCCCUCCAGCAGGCAGCCAUGGAAGCGUCGCACGAGGCGCUUGCGAAGGGCAAGGUGAUUGGCGACGUGCUCGACGACUUUGUGCCGUCGCUCGACAUCAAGGUGAAGUACGGUGGCAGGGAGGUGCGAAACGGUGACGAGCUAACGCCCAGCGAGGCAGCAGAAGCGCCAUACGUCGAGCUGGCGGGGCGACACGAGAACGGGGACCUCUACACACUCGUAAUGUCGGACCCAGACGCGCCCAGCCCAGACAACCCCGUGGCGGCCGAGUGGCUGCACUGGCUGGUGGUGAACAUACCAGGCGCAGCAACUCUCCCACACAGCAGCGCAGGAGACUUAGUGAUGGGCUACAAGGGCCCCUCCCCGCCCAUGGGCGUGCACCGCUACGUACUCUCUCUCUUCCGCCAGCCACACCGCCUCACCACCGACGCACCGGCUGCGCGCAAGGGCUUCAAGACGCGCCAGUUUGCACAAGAGUUUGGGCUGGGGAAGCCCGUGACUGCGCUGUUCUUUCGUGCGCGGAAGGAGUGA